CUGGGCUCCCCGGCCCGCCUCCUCUGUGACAGCCGGGUCCUGGAGCGGUACAUCCUGGAGGCCAAGGAGGCCGAGAAUGGCACGGGGAACUGUGCCCAAGACGGCAGCUUCAGUGAGAAUAUCACCGUCCCAGACACCAAGGUGAAUUUCUACACGUGGAACAGGAUGGAGGUCAGCCAGCAGGCCUCGGAAGUCUGGCAGGGCCUGGCCCUGCUCUCAGAAGCCAUCCUGCGGGGACAAGCGCUGUUGGCCAACUCCUCGGAGCCCUCGGAGGCCCUGCAGCUCCACGUGGAGAAAGCCAUCAGUGCACUGCGAAGCCUGACCUCCCUGCUGCGGGCGCUGGGAGCCCAGAAGGAAGCCACCUCUGGACCAGACGUGGCUUCAGUCACCCCACUCCGAACCUUCACUGUGGAUAACUUGUGCAAACUUUUCCGCAUCUACUCCAACUUCCUCCGGGGAAAACUGAAGCUUUAUACGGGGGAGGCUUGCAGGGGAGGGGACAGGUGA